AUGUGCACAAUUUUCCAAAGUGGAGAAGUCAACCAAGCUGGGCGUGGCAAAUUAUUUGAGCUUCAUCGGCAACUUGUACUACCAACAUGCAAGCGUCCUUUACCUCUUGCUCCAAAUGUGGAAUUUCAACAACUCCCCGAGCCAACCGUGGCACAGAGCGAGUCUAGAAAGGCUCAGCUGCUUGCCAUGAACACAACUGCGUCCCUGACCAUCAUAGACUGGGUUUAUUUGAGCGGCUCCGUGUUUUACUUGAAAAAUACAAAAAUACCUGACGCUGCAGGUCACAUCAGAAGACCGCGAGGAAGAAGGCAAAGAAAAAAACAGAUUGGAAUGUUUUUGAACUUCAACGAAAUGGAUGAGUUUACUGUAUUACUAAAAUCUCAACAAACUAUGAUGCUGUCUACAAUUGGUGAAUAUCUCCACGACUUAUGUCAACGCAGGCUCUACUUUGGUGAUGUCUACAACGUCACCGGAUAUACCUUCCUGAAUGCAUACGCAUUCACCGACCGCUGUGCUUGUGCAGGAAUUUGCUGUGGACAAGUGCCCAUACACGAGAGCAUUGAGCAUGGCCUCUACUAUUACUCCUAUAACGAGGCAUUAGACAACCAGAAAACCGAAGUGAACCAAACCCUGUACAUUGCCGGCAUUCUGAAUGCCGAUAAUACAACAUGGCAUGGCAUGAGCAAAAGUGGUUGCUAG